AUGGCAGCGAUGACGUCUUCCACCUCGUCCGAAGGUGGGCUCCGUUUCUUCUCGGGGGAUUCCGAGGAUGGCCGUGAGUAUAAACGCUGGAAGCAAUGGGUGAAGAAUAAACUGCUGACGCUUGACAAGUUGGCGGAGGGCUCCAGAGGGGCCUACAUAUACACCCUUCUCUCUGGCAAGGCCUUGGAGGCCGUGGAACAUUUAGAUCCCGAAAGCUAUCAGAAGAAGGGCGGAGAUGAUGCCCUAUGGGCCAUUUUAGACAAGCGAUUCCCUCAGCAGGAGACAGUGGAUGAGCUGGGGGAGAUCCUGACCGAGAUCUUUGGCCUUCGCUCGCAUGAAGGCGAAUCCAUGAGACAAUGGACCGCCAGGGCAUCCGAGCUGAUGGACAAAUGUCACCGCAAAACUGGAGUCUCAUUUCCGGAUGAGGCCAGGGGAUGGCUGCUACUCCAUCGAGCUGCUUUGUCGGAAGAGCAAAAGGCGGUGGUGAUCGCCAGAGCUCGAGGUGACUUGAAGCGAGAAUCCAUCGCCUCCGCACUUCGAUCCUGCUACCCAGAGCUGGUCAUGACUCGCAAGCGUGCUGGAGUGGCAAUUGCCGAGGAACAAGAUGGUGGCGAUGACACUGCUGAGAUAUGGGAUGAUGGUUUUUCCGACAUUGAGCAGUUGUUGGAAGAUCACCAUGCUGGUGUCGAGGCGGGACCCGACACCGAGACCUUCCAGGAGUCCGAAGAACUGGAUUUUGUAGCUUCAGUGAUGGCGACGCCUACGUUGCUGGAGCGAGUUCGCAAGCAUGUGAAUGACAAGAGCGUGAUUCGUGCUGCAGUGAUCAAGGGUGAUGCUCCAUUGUUGUUGAGCCGCACAGCACUCAAGACACUGGGUGCGACUCUGGACUUUGCACAUGACAGCCUCCAGGUGUUUGGAAAGACAAUUCCCCUCCAAACCAACAGUGCUGGACAGUAUGUAGUGCAAUUGACUGGGGAGGAUUCCGUGUGUUCGCCCGCAGCCGCUUUUACAGAAGUGAUGGCAUCUGUGGAGGCCUCUCCAGGUCCCACGGCAUCUCAUGAGCAUGUUGAUGAGCCGCAGCUUGAGCCGGAAAUGCCUGUGGCAAACGCCCCCGAGUUGAUCUCGCCGACAGCACCUGACACGGCGAUUUGGGAGCAGGAGGACUGUGAUGUCGUCACCACCCCAUGGUUGUCUCGCCAAGGGCCAGCAUGGAAGCAUGUGUUUCGUAGGAGCACCGUUGAACAAGAGCUCACGACAGAGAAGCCACGUCUUCUGGUGUUGUGCCCGCCGUGCACUGACGAAGGAACUGCAGAGUGGAUCUUGUUGCUUUUGGCUGAGACCAUAGACGGCCCCCUGCAGAUUCGCGAUCGCAUUUUGGAACGAUCCAUCGAAGUGCCUGCUUCUCAGCGGUUUCCUCCCAGCCUCACCAUGGCUGGUACCAGUCAGCGUUUGUCCUCAGCAGUUGAUGAGUUGCUGCAGAGGGUCCGAGAUGAAGGAUCCAUGGACUCCCUCCUGAAGGAGCUGGGGUAUGAGUUAGGUGAGUUCGAGCUUGUUCGUGAAUCCGAAGGUCAAGGAAGUAUGACGGAUGCUUCCAAGAGGCGCAUGGUUGAUGAAGCCUCACCACUACCACAGAGGCCUAUGGUUCGAGCAGCCAAAACUCGUGCCUCGUCAAAGUUGCCGUCCGGAGUGAGCAGCAUGGAAGAGUGGGGCCGUACACUGGUAACGGCCGGAAAGUUCGAGAAGCACGAGAUUUCGUACUCAGAGCUGGCAUCAUCGAGUGAGACUUCUAAGGUCAAGUACGUUCAGUGGAUGAUCAAUCAGAGUGACCGCAGUGACCUCUCACCAGUGGUCCAGGACAUGGCCAAUUAUUUUGUGGCCAAUGCCCGCGAGAAGGAGGGACACGGCCCAUGCAUCCCCGGUGACAACCAUGUCGAGGCCACACUCUACACACCAGGCAGCGGGACCUCCACCGAAUUCCACCGACACCUCGACAGGGUGAGCACGAGGAGCACUCGCGCCUCAGGUACCCCCCUCUCGUUACGAGCCACCGGAGCUGGAACAACAAAUGCUGCAGGCUGCCGUGGCAUUUCUGGGUGCAUUUUCUUGGGAGCUGUCUUGGGAGCUGCCUCCAUCCUGGCAUAUGUCCGCUCCGUUGAGGUGCAGAUCGAGACCCAGGCACCCUAUCGAAGAGCAGUGAUCACCAACUGCAAGCGGGUUGCCCAGACCUUGUGGCCCCGCAGCUCCCUGGAGCUCUAUGGCUCCUACGCCAGUGGCCUUGGCCUUCGGACCAGCGGCCUGGAUCUGCUCCUCAAGGUGCACCCGUCUUUCCAUGGCUUUGCAACCUCCGAGACGCCAGAGGAGCAGUCGCGGCAGCUGGGCCGUGUGUUUCGUCCAGCGGUGAAACCACCCAUGGAGCCCAACCGGCUGCCGGGGUCUGGGGUCGGUGACGUCCGGGCGGACAUGCGGAAGAAGCGACAGAAGCGACCACGUAUACCUUCCAAAGAAUGGAAGUUCAUGUUCAAUCGCCCAUGGCUUUCUGACCACUCCACCACUCCCGACGAAGCCAUCGAGGCAGCCUUGUCGCCCAUCGAGGAGGACGAUGAGCAGCUUCGACAGUUGAAGUUGGAGGAAGUCUCGCCAGCCCAUUCAGCACGCUCGGUGCGGCCGCUGCAAGGAUGGCAGCAGCAGCUUUCGGACCGCUUGGCCAAGGAGAAAUGGGUGGUCAGCGACUCCAUUCGCGUCGCCGCGCAUGCCGCCAUUCCGGUGCUCUCCUUCGCCGCGGCGCCCGAGGUGAAGCGGGUCAGUCCGGAGAACGAACUGUCCUUCAUGGCCUGCCAGGGUCCCCGGUGCUGUAAGCGCCUGGUCCCGAAGGAGCUGGUUUUUGGUCCAGGCUCCACCCGCGUGGACAUUUGCCUCCAUGACUCUGGCUAUCGUGGCUUGCGGAGUAAGGCACUCAUCAACUUCUUGCUGAAUCGCUUCCCUUUGGCCAGGCCGGUAACCUUGGUGCUAAAGCAAUGGCUUAUCGAGCAAGCCUAUUCCAUGUCUCACAGUGGAGGCCUUUGCUCGUAUGGUUUGCUCCUGAUGGUCAUUGCCUUCCUACAGUACAGCCCGGCCAACACGGCAGCUGCGGCCUUGGUGGGUUUCCUGAACUUUUAUGGCCACCGCUUCGAUCCUCAGCUCUACGGCGUCAGUGUGGCUCGGAGCGCCUUUCUCCCGCGGAAGAGCCCGACGAGCUGGCCUCCACAGCAGGCAGAGCUAGUGGAGCGAGGCUUUCUGUCGAACCCCGGUGCUGCCGGCAUGGUUCGGAUGCUGCUGGACCGUUGGUGUUCAAGCAGCUUGGGGUGGUGUCGUACGUGUGCUUCCAGGUGCUGGAAACAGCAAAAGAACAUGGCUCCCUGCAUGUAUAAGUAA